UGAAUUUCCGGUAGUGAAUGAGGCCUUUAGCCUGACCUUUCCCUCCAGCGGCCCUCCACUCUUUUUUAUUCUGACUACAGUCGUCUAUUUUUAAACUCUUCCACACGCUUCAGAUGCUCAGAACAACAAACGGACGCGGUUGCAGAGCUGGCCACACAACGGGCUCCCUUCACGCGCACUAUGGGCAGGCAGAAGAAGGCCGUUGCCGGGCAGCACGCUCACUGCGAGACGUGCUUCAGCCGGCGCUGCACGGUUCCCGUGGAGAUCUCCGUUUCCUGUCCGGUCGCCAGCUGCCGCCUCCUCUGCGGCGCCGUCUUCCACGCGUGCAAGCAGGAGGAGCACCAGCUGCUGUGCCCGCUGGAGAAGGUGCCCUGCCUCAACGCCGCCAACGGCUGCCCCUUCGCCCUGACCCGCCGCCGGCUGGCCCGGCACCUGGAGCGGUGUCCCGCCAGCGUGGUCACCUGCUCCCUGGACUGGAACCGCUGGCCCGUGGCGGAGAGCGACGGCGCCCUCUACGGGAACCUUCUGCAGGGCUCCCGGGCCGAGGAGCCGCUGGACCUGUCCAUGGCCGUGCGGGACCAGGCGCUGCUCUUCCGCUCGCUGAAGAUGGAGGCUCUGUUUCCCGAGCUGAUGGAGAGGGAGGAGAAGCCCGUCCUCCCCGAGGAGGUCCAGGGAGCAGUGGGGGGCGGGGCCAUCGUGGGCGUGGGCGGGGCCUCCGCGAGCCCGGGGGGCCCGCUGGAGCACGGGACCGUCGAUACGCAGGAGCUCACGCAGGAGGAGCGCGACGCUAUCGCCAAAAACAGGGAGGUGGCCGGCGUCGAGAACUACGCGUCGUGGGAAGCCAUUUUCAGCAAGGAAUGGAGAAGCUGCCAACAGACGGCUAAGAACCUGGGAAACGAUCCGAAAGCCAGCGACGGAAAAGAGCAGACGACUCCGACGAGCAAACAGGCAGAGAACGGGGAACGUGCUACGGGACGCCACGAAAGGGACAGCACCAGCGCCGCCGACGUCGCCAAGACGGGCCUCGCCCCGUGGCAAGACGGAGUCCUGGAGAGGCUGGGGAAGGAGGUCAACGCAGCGGAAUACAACAUGUACCUGGUGCAUCAUGGGAGCAUGCUGAUUCGCUUCGGCCAGCUGGCCGCCUGCACGCCCAAAGAGAGGGACUUCGUCUACGGGGGCCUGGAGCCCGUGGAGGUCCAAACCGUCCGAACGUUCAACGUCCCGUACAGCUACAAAGCCAAGCGCAACCACCUCCGGGACCCCUCCACCAGAGCCAAGAGGGAGGACAAAGGGGUGGACACGCCCCGAUGGGAGGGGACCGCUCCCCAGAAGGACGAGGUGGAGAUGACCCUGCUGUGCUCCUUGGAAAAGGAGCUCAGGGGCCACGCCGUCAGCGAGAGCGUGGGGACGGACGGCCUUUUCGUCGACGUGGGAACGCAGACGUACGCCUUCCCCUCCUCCCCGUUCCGGGCGGGCGCCUCGCUGGCGGACGUGGUGGCCGACCGGGCCCCGGGCCUGCACCUGCAGAUCCAGGCCGAGAGCGUGACCCGGAGGCACAACAGGUCCACCUCGGCCUUCACCUUCCUCUGCGGCCACGCCUUCCGGCGGGACGAGUUCCCCGCCCACUUCAGGAACGCGCACUCCGACAUCCAGUCCUGCCUGAGCGGCUGGUUCGAGCAGCGCUGCCCCCUGGCGUACCUGGGCUGCACCUACAGCCAGAAGAGGUUCCGGCCCGCCAGCCACGGGGCCACGGUCACGUACGACCCGGACGCCGGCGCGUUCAACCUCCGGCCGGACGUCCCGACCGCGCUGCCCGAGGACCCGAAGGGCGGCCGUCCCGACGGGAAGGGAAGCGCCCGAAUCCCGGAGUCCCUCGGCGACCUGCCCUUCGAGAUCCUGCGCCACGUCGCGGGCUUCCUGGACGGCUUCAGCCUGUCCCAGCUGGCCCGGACCUCCAGGCUGCUGCGGGACGUCUGCGCCACCCUCCUGCAGGAGAGGGGCAUGGUGUCCCUGAGGUGGGAGAGGAGCACGGACUCCCACGGGGGCUCCAGCUGGAGGUGCAGACAGAAGGUGUGGCAGUUCAGCAGCCUCUUCUCCCCCGUGGAGCGGUGGACCUUCGACCGAACGCCCUCGAUGUCCGAGCACCUGAAGGCCUGCCCCUUCUACCGGACCGAGGAGAGGAGCGAACCCUUCGCCCUGGUCGGCCUGUCCGACCGCCAGGAGCAGGACGGGGAGCAGAGGAGUCUCGUCCGCACGCUCCUGGCAAACCGACAGCGUCGGCCUUGA